CUCUGACUACCGGAACGAGUACGCACAAGUAAUAGGCGCAAAAUCGUAUUGAAGUUGUACUUCUUGUUUCUGUGCAACAAACAUAUUUCUAAUUAUUAGAAUUAUCUCGAUCAACUAGAAAGUAGCACUAUCUGUAUUCGAUUGCAUUUUGAAAGGAUGGUAUGGAGUCUCUCCCUUCUACCUUGCGCGAUAGUGCUACUUCUAGCCUCUAGAAACGCGAUGGCUUUCAUUCCAUUCACAAAGGUUCAUGCUAACGAUUGUGCAAGACACUCGCACACUCUGUUACAAGCCAUCGAGGAAGCCUCCUUUGGGAUGGGUUGUUUCUGGGAACCUGCAGAAGAAUUGCUCAAGGUUGAUGGCAUCGUAGACACCGUUAGCGGAUACACGGGCAACAAAAAAUUCGAUGAGGAUCCCUCCAAAACAAUCCCGUCUUACGAGUCAGUCUGCUACGGACGAGAUUGGGUUGAGGGUGUCCGGGUAACGUAUGACACCGACAAAAUUUCCUACGCUGAAUUGCUCGACGUUUUUUUCGAAAUUCAAAAGCCCCAACCGGGAUCCCGACAGUAUAGCUCUGUGAUUUUUCCUCACAACGACGACCAACUGGAAAUAGCACAGAACUGGAAAGAAACGAGCCGGGAAAGGGAUUCGGAUGGUUUUAAAAACGACUGGACAAGCAUCGAUUUCCCGCGUACCAAGUUUUAUGCUGCCGAGGGAUACCACCAGCGAUAUUGGCAAAAGCAACGGCCGCGCUUUGCCUUCAUCUUGGCAAUGCUCGGAGUAACCACAGGAUUUGCGGAUCGACUAUAUGAUCCCUCCCUUCAGGAAACGGUGAAAACUUUCGCUAACGGAGCUGUGGUUGCAGCCGGACUGGCAAUUACUGCCGAAAGAUUCCUGGAUUCCAAGGUUUUGGAAUUAGAUUAAUUUUUUUCGGAUCAUGCAUGAGCUUUCUGUAUUUCAAUGCACCAAGUGUAAACUAUGAAUGAAAAUUGGAACCGUCUCUAGGAAGACCCGUAGGUUGUAGCGUGUUUGUGCACAACGAUAAAAUACGAUGAAAACU